UGUUCUUUCUUCUCCAUCAAAUUCAUAUUAUCUUGUCUUUGCUCUGCAGCAAACCUCAUCUUACAAUUGGAACAAUUGGCCAUGGUAAAACAACAUUGACUGCAGCAAUAAAACACGAAAGUCUUGGCACUAGAAGGAAAAGCUAAGGCCAUUGCCUUUGAUGAAAUUGACAAAUCUCCUGAGGAGAAGAAAAGAGGAAUUUCCAUUACAACGGGAUGCUGGCAAAAGUUUACCCAUGUCCAUUCUUGAUAUUGAAGUCAAGUACUUGGAAUUAUCCUUUUGUGAUUGAUUCUGUUUCACUAGUACCUAGCAGUCUACUCAAUGAUGCUACUUUCGUGAUCAAUUUUACACCAAGAACCAUUCGAAAGCCUAUACCAAGAAAGUGGGGAGUACAUGCAACAACAAAAGUUGAGGAUAUUGUUUUAAGUGAUGAGGAACAGAAAUCUUGGGAUGCUAGCAGAGGAGCUCUGUCCGCAUUUGAAUUUAGUGCCGAGGAGGAAAACAAGGUACUAGGAAAAGCAUUUGGUUAUGUUCAUUCCCCUUUCUGGAGUGAAGAACGCGCGAAGGAAGUUCCACGAGUUGAUGCUGUAAAUAAUGUACUGAACUACCUGAGGAGCUUAAACCUCACGGAUGUUGAGAUUGGCAAAAUUCUGAAGAAGUUCCCAGAAGUUCUUGGUUGUGACCUUGAAGGUGAAUUGGAGAACAAUGUAAAGCUGUUGGAGAAAGAAUGGGGGAUUGAAGGAAAAACUCUGAAAAACCUCCUCCUCCGGAAUCCAAAGGUUCUAGGUUACAACGUAGAUUGUAAAGGAGAUUGCAUUGCCAAAUGCACUCGUUGCUGGGUACGCUUCUAACCGUUGUUGAAAAAACACGUUUACAACUUAAGUACAGAUGCAUCAUUGCUUAUUACUUGCCCUUUUAGAUCUUUAAGGAGCAUACAGGUUUUGAGUUCGUAUAUAUAUGUGUGUAUAUCAAUACAUUCUGCUAUAAGACUCAAACAAUUGCAUCGUCUCAUACGGUAUCUUUAUGAAAUUUCAGAGUCACUUUUUGAGAUGCCUUGUGGACAGCUAUUAUUUAUGUCUUGUCUCAAUUCAAUUCUUGACUUUUUACCCCAUUCGGUGGUCUCAAUCUUUGAUCGUUAAACCUCGCAAUACUUACUGGUUCGCUAGCUUCUCUUUCACCAUUUUUUUUUUUUUAUAAAUAAUUUGAACUUCUUGAACUACUUUAUUUGACUAAGACUCUCUCAUUUUGGAACGAGCCAAUUGAUAGAACAAAGCAGGA